AACGCAAUUUCACUUGCGAGAAACACCUACCGCGUAGCGGUGAAAAUUCGGACUUUCGGUGUCACGCGUGCGCCUCUUGCAGUACUGCCGUGCAUUCUUCACUAGCUGCUCGAUCAGCUGUUGUAUUCUUUAAUAAACUGAUAGCACAGAAUAAGUACCAGUAGACUUUGAAUGAUGACAAAUUAACGUUUACGAAUCGCUUAUUGAAAAACCGAAUCGCAACCAACGGUUACUUGCAAAAUAGCAUGAAAUUUUCUACUCUUCGUACGACAUAUUGAACUCUAAAGCUAGAUAACAGUAAUAGCAUAUUGCAAUUCUACUAAUAAAUCUAAUUGUAAGGUCUAAUGUGAAGUGUAUCUGAUGUAACCUGAGAGCGAGAAGAGUAGCUGGAAAAACGUACGAAAUCGAAAAAACCAGAGUACCUUACUUUUAUCAAUAAAUAAAAAUCGAAUCUGCAGAAUCAAACAAGAAAUAUACAAACAGUAAAACAGUUUAUAAAAGAAAAAGUCGCCUCCAGUGAGUAAUCACCUGGGAACUUAGCUCCAACUAAGUGGCACCAAAUAAAAAGAAGAAUAUUUAGUCUUUAUUAAGAUGAAUAUCUUACCUAAAAAGCGGUGGCACGUGCGCACCAAAGAUAACAUUGCAAGAGUACGCCGAGAUGAAGCCAAAGCUGCAGAAGAAGAAAAAGCUAUAAAAGCCAGAAUACAAAAAGCGGAGACUGAAGCUAGAACAAAUCUCUUGAGAAAUCGUGCCCGACUGAAGUACGAUGGUAGAGAAUUGUCCACUGGUGACAAUGAAACAGCAGAUGAAAGAUUAUCUAGCUCAGAGGUUCCCUUGGAGCAUGUCAAUUUUUUUAUUGAUGUCCAAGAUGGAAAAACUGAUUACAGUAAACCAAAUGCUGACCAUGAGGUUGAAAAGAAGGCUGAACAGGAGAAGUAUGAAAAGCAAAUUGGGUAUUUGACUUAUUUAGGACAAGACACCAAUGAAGCAACAGGAAACAAAAGUUGGUACAAUGAACUUCCCAAGAGGCUCACAGACUCGGAUACAUAUGUCGAGGCUACAGCUAAAACGAAAUUUUUGAACGAUCCACUUAACGAUGUUAGGAAAUAUUUAAAAAUCAUUGGUUCAACUUCAUCGACAUCAUCUACAAAAAACAGUCAAUCAAUAAUCAAAGGGCCAGAAUCUGCAAAACGAAAAUAUGAUACCAGUGGUCAAGAGCCUUCUGAUAUCAAAGAACCAAAGAAGCGUAAAAAACGUAGGGAAAAAUUAAGAAAACAAAAAAAGUCUAGAAUUGAACACCUUGAUACAAGCAUGAAUUUGGAAAAACUAAGAUCAGAGAGAUUAAAACGAGAAACCAAUGAAAGAUUCAAGGAACAAGCAUUACUCGCUAAGUUGAAUAAGGAUCCUAUUAAAAAGCCUACAGAGAGAGUUCAAGUGCCUACUAUACGACAAAAAUAUAAUUCACAGUUCAAUCCUGAAAUCGCUAGGCAAAAUGCAGAACGGAUACACAAAUGGUAAAAAAAUUUCACUUGAUUUCAUUUUUAUUGUGAUUCUUAAAUGUUUACAGGAAUUUCUGGAAUUUCAUUUAAUAAAAAUAUUACAUUCCAAAUCGCUUCCGUUUGAGCGAUGGUGGUAGUUUUUCCACCAGUGCAACUGGGUUUACCUCUACUGCUACCAUUUCAUCAUCAACCAGCCAGUCCAAGAGUAGCAAAUUCUAAAAAAAACAUCAGAAUAAGAAUAUGGUAUCUUUCGCAAUAAUUUUGACAUCUAUUUUAUAUUUGCAUGAGUUGGGUCAUGAAAUUCACCUUGUACUUUUUAAUAAUGUGGAAUCCCUCUUGGGAUGAAUAAUGCA